GGCCAGGGGGCGCUGAGCCGGGCGCCCAUCCCCGUGGCUUCGGCGAGCGUGGCUGGAUGUGAGGGAGGGGGAGAGGGCUCUGCCGACCCACGCGCGGGGGGACCCGCCGGGCUCGCGUCCGUGUCCCCGCCCUGCCCCCCACCCCACUAGGGCCCGCGAUGUCCGCCGAGGUGCGACUGAAGCAGCUGGAGGCUCUGGCGCUGGACCGGAGCUUCCUGGGGCUGGACACGCUGCUGGACCUGCUGCUCUGCGUCUCCCACGAGCUGGGCGCCUCGCCCCUGGCCCACGAGAAAUACAUCGCGGAGUUCCUGCGCUGGGCCGAACCAGUGACCGCCCGGCUCAAGGAGCUGCAGCUGCAGCGAGACGACUUUGAGAUCCUGAAGGUGAUCGGGCGCGGCGCAUUCAGCGAGGUGGCGGUGGUGAAGAUGAAGAGGACGUCGCAGGUGUACGCCAUGAAGAUCAUGAACAAGUGGGACAUGCUGAAGCGGGGCGAGGUGUCCUGUUUCCGCGAGGAGCGGGACGUGCUGGUGAACGGAGACAAGCGCUGGAUCACCCAGCUGCACUUCGCCUUCCAGGACGAGAACUACCUGUACCUGGUGAUGGAGUAUUACGUGGGGGGCGACCUCCUGACGCUGCUGAGCAAAUUCGGGGACCGCAUCCCCCUGGACAUGGCCCGUUUCUACCUGGCCGAGAUGGUGAUGGCCAUCGACUCCAUCCACCGCCUGGGCUAUGUGCACAGAGACAUCAAACCCGACAACAUCCUGCUCGACCGCUGCGGGCACAUCCGCCUGGGGGACUUCGGCUCCUGCCUCAAGCUCCGGGAGGAUGGCACGAUCUGCUCGUCGGUGGCAGUAGGGACCCCCGAUUACCUGUCCCCCGAGAUCCUGCAGGCCGUGGAAGAUGGGAGCCACUCGUACGGCACCGAGUGCGACUGGUGGUCCCUGGGCGUCUUUGCCUACGAGAUGUUCUUUGGGCACACGCCGUUCUUCGCCGACUCCAUUGUUGAGACCUAUGGGAAGAUCAUCCACUUCAAGGAGCACUUCUGCUUCCCGCUUUCCACGCCGGAGGUGCCGGACGACGCCCGGGCCCUGAUCGAAGGGCUGCUCUGCCCCCGGGAGACGCGGCUGGGCCGGAACGGGGUGCGGGAUUUCCGGGAGCACCCCUUCUUCGCCGGCGUGGACUGGGAGGGGCUGCAGGCGUUCACCCCGCCUUUUGCCCCCGAGUUUGCCAACGCCACCGACACCUCCAACUUCGACGUGGUGGAUGACUGCCUGACGGACAUGGUGAGCGGGGGCGGGGAGACGCUGUCGGAUGUGCUGGAGAGCUCCCCGCUGGGCGUGCACCUGCCCUUCGUGGGCUUCUCCUACGCCAGCACCAGCCUCAAACAGAAUGAGCCGGGGGACAGGGGACAGGAAAUCGCCAUGGAGCUGGAGUGUGACCGGGGCCCCACUCCGCAGGACCAGACCCCCAACCUGCCCCCUGGAGACCUGGUCUGCAAGGUGCCCGACGGGCAGAAGCUGGAUCUCGCCGCCUUCCUGGAGCUGCAGGCAGCCUUCGAGUCGGAGCUGCACACGCGGGAGGGGCUGCGCCAGGAGCUGAGCAUGGUCAAGGUGGCCAACCAGACCUUCGCCAGCCGCCUGCAGGAGGCCGAGAGCCGCAACCUGGAACUGGAAGCUCAGAUCAAGCGAUUGGAGGCGCAAAUCGAGGGGAUGAAACGGCCCGGGGAGGAAGGUACCUAGGCCCUGCAUCACCAAGGCGGGAUACCUGCUCCUUUGUACCGGCGGCUUUGGGCUGGCAGCGCCCAGCCAGGACCUGGGGGAGCCA